CCAUGUUUAGUCCCAUGGAAUAAUGCGUUGAAUCAAUUGAUAUCUUCCUUUUUUGCAUUGCCACACAUAUCAAACCAAUCGCGGUGCUCCCGUCGCCAUGACAUCUGCCCCAGACGGCCUCUCGCACAAGCCGGAGGACAUCGACACCCGGUCAUUCAUUUCCAUGCGAGAAAUCGACCCUUCUCCGGUGGAGGAUGAGUUCCCAGACCUUGAGCGCGGCGAAUAUUUCCCGGAGUUGCAAAAAUCAUCUCAAGAUUCAUUGGGCCAGAACAUGAACGCACCGUCGUCACGAGGCCUAGGUCUCCGCGGGCAUAGCUGGGAUUCAUGGUUAUCUGCAUUUCAACGAUACUCGACGUAUCCGCCUAGCUUAUUUCUUGCUCUACACCUUGCUAAUACCUCAAUACUUCCUCUCGCGACCCGCUCCGUAAGCGCAAGCGAAAAUUAUCUGUUGCUCACCAGGCCCCUCUAUCAAUCCCCGUCACUCGAACAUGUUGUUCUGACUGUGCCGGUUUUGAUUCAUGUCCUUUCUGGCAUCGCUCUGCGCAAUAUCCGCUCCUCACGGCGGGCCCGACUCUAUGGCGCAGAAUCCCGAUCCCAGCGGUAUGCGCUCACGUUCUGGCCACGGAUGAGUCUGCAGGCACGCUUGGGGUAUUCACUCAUUCCAUUACUUGGUGUGCACGUCCUCGUCAAUCGUAUUAGUCCGAUCCUGGUCGACGGAGGAAGCUCGGGAGUGGGGCUGGGCUAUGUGGCUCACGGCAUUGCGCGGUCUCCGAUUUUCUGGAACAUAUAUUAUCUGGUUUUUGUGGCUGUUGGGGUAUGGCAUUUUGUUGGUGGGUGGGCUUCCUGGAUGGGCUGGAAGGUCACAACCCUCCGGAAGCAGCGCAAUUCAAAAAAGGGGUCUCUCGAGGGUUACCUUGGCUAUACUGGAAGUGAGCAACGAUGCCGCAGACAGAAGAGAAUGUGGUGGACUGUAAAUACGAUUGCUGCAGUGGGAGCAUCGAUCUGGCUGGCUGGCGCUCUAGGAGUCAUUGGCCGUGCCGGUCAGGGCUCUGGGUGGGAAGCCAGUGGAUGGAACGAUAUCUACAAUCAGGUUCCCAUCAUCGGAUCCUGGAUAUGAAGAGUGCCUGCGUAUUCAUGGAUUCUGUGAAUGAGAUAGGAUGCCUUUGGACAUAAUGCGACCUGGAAAGGCGUGGUAAUAAUAAUAAUGACGAUGAUGAU